AUGUCCAGAGACCGUAAGUCCUACCUGCUGCCCAUCUUUCCAUGCUCCAGGCCCCAGAAGGCGUCCGAAAACGCUGUGCCAAACAGUCUCCAGGCCGUUGAAGAUCAGUUAAAGAUAUGUGGCCACAAGAGGGAUGCUGAUGUCUUUGAGCUGUUUCUCUCUAAAAAGGAACUGACAGAGGUUAUUGAUCUUUCUAGAUUUAAAAAAUUAAAAUAUUUAUGGCUCCAUCAUAAUAAGCUACAUGGGAUAGGAUUUUUAACUAGAAACUAUUGUCUGACAGAGCUGUAUCUAAACAACAAUGCAAUAUUCGAGAUAGAAGGCCUGCAUAAUUUGUCUUCGUUGCACAUUCUCCUGUUGCACCAUAAUGAGCUAACAGACAUUGAUGCUGCCAUGAAGGAACUGAAGGGGAUGCACAACCUGAGGAGCCUAAGUCUGUACCAAAACCCUUUAUCCCAAUAUAAACUCUACCGUUUGUAUAUAAUCUACCACCUUCCAGGAGUGGAGCUGCUUGAUCGGAAACAAGUUACAGAGAAAGAGAGAAGAUCCAUGAUUACCAUUUUUAACCAUAAAAAAGCUCAUGUUAUUCAAUCAAUAGCAUUUGGAGGAAAAGUGGAUGCCUCGUGGAACCCCAAGUUACCAAUAAAGCAAAAGAGAGUCCCAAGACUUCCCUCAGAUUUUGCAUUUGGGGAUAAUGUUGACAAGACAGUGUUUGAUGACCCUGAAGAUGCGGUGUUCGUAAGAUCCUUGAAGAGAUCGCUGAUGACCUUUACCUCCAUGAACUGGAACACCGUUCCAACACAAAAGGAAAAGUACGAGGAGAAUGAAAGCACUGACGCUUCCCAGAUGCUCAUGAUUUCCCUGAAAUAA